AUUAAUGUUCACUUGAAAACCGUUCUAAACGAAAGAAAUCUAAUGUUUAAAAUAAUAAAGCCAACAGUUCAAUUUUAAAAGGGCUGAGACGAUAUUUAAAUAUUUUAACAAAGACAAUAAGUUAAACGUUACUCAUGGAAGGAUUACCUAUUGCCAAUGAAGCAGUACAGAGUGACAGACGUGUCUAAAAAGAAGAUUUACUUAAUUCUUUUUGAAACAUUCGAAACAUUUGUAAAAAAAUGCAAGGCAAAGUUCCAUAUUUCCGAUGACGUGAAUGUAUUCUUCGUGUCAGAGGACGAUGAAGAGGCUGAGAUAGAAAGUGAAAUUCUGGAAAAGGUUCAUGGCAACAAAAGUUUACUGAUCAUGAAAUGUGAUCGUUCCGAACAAAGUCAUUGGAGGGAAAGUCAAGAUGAAAAGGCUGUUUUUGGAGCCAGGCGUAAAGAUCGGUAUCAAGGUAAAGAAGAAUCCUCCAGCGAAGAAGAUCAACAAAAAUCAGCACCAAGAACAAGAAAUAUAGAGGAGCAUGAAACGAAGGAAUGGAGAGAAGCGGAAGAAGGUACUGCAAUAAAGGCUCAUAUAAGAAAGUUCGGUUUGAAAGAUAUUGGAAACGUCCUAAAAAAGAAUUUAGAAAAAUGGAAAGAAAUACCAUUGCAUAUAGCUGUAACCGGAGCGUCGGGCAAAGGUAAAUCUAGCUUUAUCAAUGCAAUGAGACGAGUAUCCGCCGGAGACCAUGGAGCUGCAAAAGUUGAUGUCACAGACUGCACAACGACGCCAACUCCAUACCGCCACCCGGACAUACAUAACUUUGUUCUUUGGGAUGUUCCAGGAGUUGGAACAAUAAACUUUCCCAAGGAAAGUUAUCUAAAUGAGAUCAAUGCGGAUAAAUACGACUUUUUCAUCGUCAUUUUCAGAGAGAGAUUUACAGAGACAGAAUCCUGGUUGCUGCAUGAAAUCAGGAAACGCAAUAAACGGUGCUAUUUAGUGAGGACAAAAAUUGAUAUAGAUAUGGAAAACCGUAAACAUUCAGGUAAGCCAAAUCAUUCUUUCCUCGAUUUAAAGAAGGACAUGCGUGACGAAAUUGUGAAGUCGUUUAAAGGACGUUCAAGUUUAAGUUUUCCUUUCUUCGUGAUAUCAAACCACAACAUACUUAAAUACGACUUUCAACUACUAGAAUUCUAGCUUCUGAAGGAUGUUCCUGUUGAAAAGAAAACAGCCAUGGUUUUGGGGGUCGCCGGAAUAUCAAAGAAAGCCGUACAAGAAAAAGUUAUGGCCUUGAAAUCUAGAUCAUGGAAAAUAGCUUUAAUGUCCGGAGCCGGUGCAGCUAUUCCAAUUCCAUUCGUUUCCUCCGGUAUCGACGCUUCAAUAAUUCUUGGAGAGGUUCUUUUUUACAGAAGUCAGUUUGCUCUUGAUGACUCUUCACUGAGUAAACUUGCGGAUAUUGCAAAUAUCACUUUGGAAGAAUUGAAGUCUAUUCUUGAUCUGCAGACGCCUGGGGAGUAUUUCACUUCAGCCGGUAUAAAGCAAUUCCUAGGAACAUAUGCCGCUGCCGGAGCAGCCGAAAAACUGGUUCAAUAUUCUUUACCAAUAGUUGGUACGGUGAUUGGUUGCGGUGCUUCAUAUGGUGCAACAUAUCACGUUCUGAACAACAUCUUAAAUGAGAUGACGAAAGAUGCUUUUAAAGUCCUGCAGUUUAUUGCCGAAAAAAUAAAUAAUGCAGCUGCCUAGCCUUCUUAUAUGUUACGGUUACUGGUCUCUAGACAUCUGAAUAUUAGGGAACAGAUAAUCUUGCGUGCAAAGGAAACUUAAAACUUGUGUUUGAAAAUUUAUGUUAUAUAUUUUUCAAAUGGAACAUAGUUUUCCUUUUUCCUUUUGAAAAAGUCCACUUAUUUACAAUAAAUGUAAAUACAGAUUAACUGCUUUAGACUGGUGUUCAAUGAAAAAAUUAUUUUGUAGAAAAGUGACAGCUGUGAAGGCAUGAAAUUAUAAUUAUGUGCUAAGCCACCUUGUUCGUAUAUACAGUUUUACAUUCCCUUAUUUCCAUGUGGACUGUUGUAUGGGUGACCGCGUUCUGUAAUUGUGGCUUUUCCUGAUGGACAUUUGUUCUUGUUUUUCAUGACAGUCCGGACAAUUACAGACAUUACCUACGUUUGCCUAACAAAUUAUUACAGACAUACGAGAUAGCUUGCAUAAACAGUUUUACGAAAUGGGAUAGUUACUAAAAACAUAACAUUUAAGACAAACAAAUUGUUAAACAUUAGUAGAUUUGAAAUGAAAAUUUAUACCAACGAAGACACUUUACGUGGAAUUAUCAUUUAAAUUCCAAUAACACUUGUCACUUUUAGUGCAAAUUUAAAGAGUUAUAUCCCGUGUAGGUAUGUGCAAAUUCCAUUUAAGGAGUUUCGAUUUAUAUUACCAAACUCUCAUUACCAUUGCAUUGUACUGACACCUGUCUCGGUAGCCUGGUUGUAGGUCGUCUGCUUCGAGUGUGGGAGGUCGUGGGUUCGCUUCCUGCAGGCGCCAGAUCAAAGACUUAAAAAAUGGUACUAGUAAAUUUCUUUGCUUGGCGCUCAACAUUAAGAGGAUAGUGCUAUGACUGGUCAGCCUAAUGUCAGUACAAUGUGAGUGGAUGGGGUACCAUGUCACAUGUCUAUUGCGUGAUGUUCCACUGAGGCAGCAAUAUAAAGUUGGGCAUUGCGCUUAUUUUUACAAGUAGACAACUUCGUUUAUAUGUCUGAAAAAUUAUUGAAAAGACGCUUAAACAGAACACACGCACAAACACACACGUACGCACGCAACAAUUUAUUGACAAUUUAAUACACAUAACGUACGCACGCUUGAUUGUACGCACGCACGCAAGACUGUAUUUACAAUUCAAUAAACUUAUUUUAUUAUAGUAUUCUGUACAAUAAACUCACAAAAUAAAGAUUGACAUUUCAGAAGCGCGAGGUUAUGCUCCUAGAAAAUGUUCAACUAAAAUGGUCAAGGCUAUAUACCAAAACGUCAAAUCAUAUAUCCUAGAUUGUCACAAUAUGUCAUAUUUUGAUUUUUUUCGAUAUUUCACUUGGUGUUAAACAAGGAGAACCACUUUCUCCUCUCUUAUUUAUACUAUUUGUUAUAGAUAUAAGGGAGACAAUUGAUCUAAAUAACAUGUCUGAAAAUGAUGUAAGUUUGCUCCCCAUAUAUAUGUUACUGUUUGCUGACGAUAUUGUUUUGUUCACCACAGACAAACAGAGUUUGCAACUUCAACUUAAUGCAAUUGCGCAAUAUUCGUAUAUAAGUGGGGUCUGAAAAUGAAUGUCAAUAAAACUAAAACAUGCGUUUUUGAACAAAGAAAAAGUAGGUUAGAUUUUGUUUGGACUAUCAAUACUGAACAAGUAGAUGUUGUUGAUAGUUUUUGUUAUUUCAGUGUCAAGUUCUUUUAUAGAGGUAAUAUGGCAUAUUCUUUAAAAAGUUUAUAUGAACAAGCUCUCAAAGCCUACAAUCACUUGUUAUCAAAUUUUAUUUGAUAAAGUAAGUCUGAGCAUUAAAACGAAAUUACAACUAUUUGACGCCCUGGUGGUACCCAUAAUUCUUUAUGGCUGUGAAGUCUGGGGUAUAUACAACUUUCAGGACGUGGAUAAGUCACAUAACCAAUUUUGUAAGAAUAUUUUAGGUGUUCGUCAGCAAACUUCAAAUGCUGCUGUUCUUAGGGAACUUAGUAGGUUUCCGCUUUCCCUUAUUUGUAAAGAGAGGUCUUUAAAAUAUUGGUUGAAUAUUGUGAAAAAUCAGAACUCACUGAUGUAUAAUAGACAAGUUGUUUUUGGUUAUGGCGCUAAUAAUAAAAACUGGUGCAAUAAUGUGAAAACUUGUCUUGAUAUGUUAGGAUAUAGUGAUAUUAUACUGAACUAUGAUGCAAAUAUUAAAUACUUUCCUUUGUUAAGUCAACGUUUACGAGAUCAAUAUGUUUAGAAUUGGAACGAUAUUUUAAGUAACCAGCCAAAAAUGCAAUACUAAGUAAAGUUUAAAAACAGAUUUCAAAUUUGAAAAAUAUCUCGAUGUUUUAUAAAAUGAAAAAGUAAGAAUAGAAUAUUCUAGAUCUAGGCUUAGUUCACAUAGUGUUGAAAUAGAAAGUGGUAGAUUCCACGGAAUUGUCAGAGAUAACAGGAUAUGUAAAAUAUGUACCAGAAAUCAAGCUGAAAGUGAAUACCAUUUUUUACUUUUUUGUCCGUCUUUUGCACAUUUACAAAAAUUAAUCAAAAAUAGUUCUUGGGCAUCUGUUACCAAAUUUAUAAAUGUUAUGUCUAGUUCAAAUGUUAGAACCAUUAGAAAUCUUGCAAAAUAUGUGUCUAGUGCAAUGAAAGUGAGGGUGGAAAAACUUACAGUUAUUGCUGCUUCUUAGAAAUGUGUUAUAUCUAUAAUGUGUAUUGUAAUUGUUUGUUGAUUGUAUGUAUAUAUGUUCAACCUCUUGGCCAUAUUUAUUUAUUAAAUGUGUUUGUAAAUGGCCAAAGACAUUGUAUAAAUGCCGGUACGCCAAUAAACUGAACUAUAAACUAUAAACUGAACAAUAAACUAUAAACUGUUAAACAAGUGCAGAUUUUAUGCUUAAACUGUUUUCAUAAAGUAUUUAAUUAAGAAAUAAUUUAUAGCAAAAGAGUGCUUUAACACUGUUUAUGCACGAUGGGUGGUUAUACGUCGAGCUCAGCCCGAGUGAAAAUAUAUUGUACGACGUAUGACCGCCCGAGUGUAUAAAUAGUGUUAAAACACGAUUUUGCUAUAAAUUAUUUCAAUUCUAAUAUGCCAUCUAUCUAAAACAAUAGAUAAAAUACGCGCGUUUUAACAGAUAUAAGAAUGUUUAAUAUGUUAAUGUUUGAAUACAUUUCAAAAUGGCGUGAUAUUUCGCGCUUAUUAAGUAAUAAUUUCACUGUAGUAUUUAUAUAUAAACUGGAUUCGGAUAUCUUCUUUUUAGUUUCAAAAAUAUGUAAUUGUACUGAUAUAAUAUGCUUAUGCAUUUAUAUUCAAAUUGACUGUGAGUGAGUCAAUAUAAGUGGCAGAAGUGGUAGGUCAACUUUGUUUGUUAGUUACUAUGGAAAUAAAACAAAUAUUAAUGGAGAUUCUAACGAAUUAUUGUAACACCGAAAUAGCUCUUACUGUAUAAUUUUUCUAUUGCUUUACGUCUUAUGAUCAAACGUAUAAUAACAAUACUUAUUUUGCAAAAUUGACAUAAUUGUAUGAAACAUGCUUUAUCUAGAUUGUUCUCAAUUCCUUCUACGCAUAAAAACAUUUUAGGAAAAGUUAGCGUUUUCUAUUGUGUUCUACAGUAUAUAGUUUAAGAUAACACUUCAAAGGUAUAUAAGAUUAAAUAUCAUUUAUAUAGAAUUAUUCAGUUUGACAUGUUGUAAAUUGCCUAUAUGUAAAAUAUUGUAGCAAGGAAAAGGAAACGUUUUAGUUACGUUUAUUUUGACUUAAAGAAUGGUAAAAUCUGGCAUACAAAUGAUACAGAACUAUUUAACACAAAUUUUCCAUGUCGCUGAUUUAACUUCAGUUUAGAGGUACAAAUUUAGAUUAUUAUUUUACUUUCAGAGAAUUGAUAUUUUCCCCAGCUACGGAAAAGGAAAUUAUUACUCUGUGUUAUCUAAUACUUAAGAAAUUGCAGUACAUUAUCUUACUAUUAGAGCAUUUUAUAUAUAUAAUAGCUUUGUGGUAAUAACAUCACAAACACCUAAUAGAUGGUUGUCUCCGUGAUCAGUCAUACUCUUAAAUUUCAAACAUUCAUAUAUUUGAUAAUAAUAUAUAAUCUAGUUGUUCGAGUUUUAAAAAAAAAAUAUAAUGUACUAUGAGUUGUUGGACGAUUCAUCUAUAAAACCAGCUCAUAAUAAAUCAACUCUAUAAGAAGAUCCUUUUGAAUGGAGCAAUACAUAGCAAACUAGGUUUGAUUUUGAAGUUCACCCCCUUUUAUAGGUACUCUUAUAUCCUUAUAAAAUGACAAUAUAUUCAGUUCUUCGUGUACAUUAAAGGAGAGAAAAAACGUUUAUUUACAUGUAUGCUUCUGAUAAUCAAGACUUUAUAAUUUUAACGAAAACUACAGUUUAUUAAGCGAAAUAAUGUAAAGAAUUGUAAAUUUUAAAUACUGGAAUGCCACUUUAGCUCAUACUUCUAUGCUUAUGUUUCAAUGCAGACAUAACUUUUUAAAUGCCGACGCUUUUUCUAUAAUAGUUGGUAUAAAUCAUUAAUACAGAUAGGCAGAAUAAAGUAAAUAUUGUCUGGAUAUUAUUCUAUUCUAUUUUUAAAAGGUUUGAUAAUAAAAUAUAUUAUAAAGACAUUGAAAUUCGGAAGAAUGUACGUAUCAUUCGUAACAAACUAUCAAUACACACCGAAUGACCUGCCGAUCAAUAGUAAAAACUAUUGCCCGAGAUCCGAACGAAGGUCAACAGUCUUUACAACUGACCGAUGAGCUUUCAAGGUUUUACUUAAGGUUUUGAACAUAAAACUAGACAUCAAACAUAAACUAUGUCACAGGUAUUUUUAGAGGGAGUCAUUCAGUUAUAAACUCUACUUUUAUGCUUAACAUCAACAAUUGAAGGUUUCAAGUGUUGUAAAGGUGCCGUAAAAUGUCGACCAGUACUUGGAACCAGUAACUUAUUAUGAAACCUGAUUUCACUAAGGGCGGAUAGAUUGUUUAAAUCAAAUCUAUGUUAGAUAGACGUCAAAUGUAAAAGACAGAGGCUUUAGCUAGAUAACAAAUUUAGCUAAACGGCCAAGCUCGAAGAAAUUUUUUUGCACUUUACUGACUUUACUGAGUGCUUAAUGGUUCAUAUAUGUUAGAUUUUCACUGAAUGUACUUUUAAAACCUUUUUUUCUAUCCUGAUUGGCAAACCAAGAAACAGUUGUUUAAACAUAAGUAAAUUUUUUAUAAACUUACUUUGCGUAAAGAAUAAUACGAAAAUAAGAACGAUUGUAUUAUAUCUGUCAAAGAUUUACAUUGACAAAUAGAUAUUUUGCCGUAAUGCGUCAGAAACUCAAGUUCGAUAAAUUAUUAUUAUCACCCUUUACCUAUCUUCCCUUUUGGUUCAGAACGUUGAAAGAUCCCAAUAUCUAUAAACUGCAAACAUAAAAUUAAAAAUUUAUAUACUAAAAUCAAAAGAUAAAGACCACUUUUUGGAUAUUUUCAUAUUUAAGGGGAAUAACUGGACAAUUUCAUAAUACAUAAUUUAAAGCAUGUCCUUUUCUACAUGAAAAUGGACUUUUGAUAUCAGAUAAAGCGGAGCUAUCAAAGAUAACGUUCUGUAAAAGGAGAAUAAUUAUGUCGUUUUUAGUCCUAUAAGAUAGAGUCGAGGACAAAGUCACAAAUGAAGCAAAACUGUUAAAUUUAUCCUUCAUAUUUCGUGUCCGAGGCAUAAAUCUAAGGUAUUGACAUUAAGUUCGGCACACAGGAAGUUUGCGAUGAGACAAUACCCAGAACACAUCGAUUUAGUCGAUAGGUCAAAGGUCCAGGUCACAAACUGAGUUCAGAUAACAAUUCUGUCCUUAGUAUUUCGUGUUCCUAGUACACCUUCAAAACUAUUCAAGACCCUCACUUAAACUUGGAACAUUCGUGUAACUGAUCGGAUGAUUUGAGCAGUGGAACAUUCAACAUUACGCCCCCUUUACAAACAAAUUAACCCCCUCGCAAAAAAAAAAAACAAAAACAAAAACACAGCACCUUAUUUCUUGUGCCUUAGUAAUCCGUCACCGCCACCGCACAAAACACCCCAACCCUCACCCUUCGCCACAUUAUCACCCCCACCACCCUCUCUCUCACACACACACACACACCAUCACCACUACCACCACCACCAUCGGCCGCACACAAUCAUAUUUGAUACUUGAUAAGACAUUGCUUUUUUUGUGAAGUCUUACUGUGAAUAUCGGAUGAGUGCUAUGUUUAGUGAGCGUUUCAGAAUACAUUCGUCAUGAUUACUUGCUUGUUUUUUGUUUUUUUUUAGCAAUAUUUUAGCUAUAUAACUGCGGAUAGUGAACCUAACAAGUGUUCCUUGAUUUUGCAGCAAUAUACGUUUAGCUGUUCUAAGUAACUGUGAACCUCUCAGAAUGAAUAAGAGGUGACUGACAAAUUAUUUUAGAUACAAUGUUUGCUAUCAAAUCGUCGUGGAUAACAUACACGCCUCCAACGCCGAACUGGAAAAACACAGAUUUUCAAAGCUGGUGUUUGUCGCCAUGGGCGAUCGCUAAAUGUUUCAUCAAUGCGCCUGGAUAUUCAGACAUAACAAAGGCCUCAGAGAUUGAUGCCCCAGGAUUGUUACAUUUAUUUAUAAACAAAAAAAAAAAUCUUUAUUCCUGCCUAUCCUGUGAAAUAACAGGAAAAGAUAUCUUCAACAAGAUAAUAGUUUUGACAUGUGUUUUAUUUUCUACAGCGAUGAAGCUAAAUGUAUCGUAUAUUUCCGGUAAAUUUUAUUUGAUAACUUCAAACGAAUAUCAAACCGGCAUGGGAUCAGUUGAGGACGAAAAAUGAUGACUUAUACAUAACCAAAUAGAAGAAUCGAAAAUGGAAACUCAUUCAAAUUAAACAUGAAACAGGUGCUGCGAUUUUGGUACGUGGCAUUCCCUGUUUGAUAUUUGUCUUUGUUUAAAUGAUACAGAAAAAGAAGAACAUAACCACUAAAAACAAAAAAAGAAAAGAAAUAAAACACGAUAUGACUAGAAAAGAAAUUGAUUUCAUUUAUUUUUAAACAAAUCCGUGUUAAUUUUAUGGCGUUCCAGAAAUUCCUAAAAAAUGUAUGAUAUUAAAUUAUAUUCAGAUUACAGAUUGAAUCGUACAUUUUUUGGAGGUUCAUUGUUUGUGAUAAACUAAGGAACUUGUUAUUUCAAAACAUUCUAGUUAUGAAAAGGGUGAUAUAUAAUCAACAAUAUUUGUAACUCCAAACAUGAUUAUUCAUUUGAGCCGCGCCAUGAGAAAACCAAAAUAGUGGCUUUGCGACCAGCAUGGAUCAAGACAAGCCUGCGGAUCCGCGCAGUCUGGUCUGGAUUCAUGCUGUUCGCUCACUGAUUCUCUGAUUGCAAUAG